CGCAGAGGUCCUUAACCGCCGUGCGUGGAUCAGUGAUACCUGGACCGACACGGAGUCUGGCCGGGGUAAGGAGAUCAAGAUGCUCGAGUAUGCCUGCGGACCGGGUCCUAUAUCCAUGGUAACUUUCCAACCCUAUGGCAUCAGCUAUAUCAAAGAAACGAAGCUGACAACCCACAGACUCUAGCUCCCUUCGUAAGCAAGAUCGUCGGCAUGGAUGUUUCAGAUGGCAUGAUCAGCGAGUUCAACAAAAAUGCGAAGGAAGCGGGUCUAGCAGACAAGAUGACUGGAGUCAAAGCUGAUCUUCUCGCCGAGUCUGUAUCGGAGGAACUGUCCGCAGAUGAAUACACCAAUUUCGACCUUGUGGUGGUCAGCAUGGCGCUGCACCACUUUGAGAAUCCCGAGCUGGCCUUGGCGCGGUUGAGUGAGCGCCUCAAGAAAGGUGGUGUGCUUUUGGUCCUAGAGAUCCUGGCAGAAGAGGGCCACCACGACCAUCAUGGCCAUCACCAUCACCGUCACCACCACCACCACCAUGACGAGCAGCAUGAUUCAGCUCAUGGGAAGCUUGACUUUGGCGACGCCGAACACACAAUCGGCAGCCAUGGUUUCACACUAGAGCGCAUCCAGCAGCUCUUUGAAGAAGCCGGAGUAGGCCUGGGUUUUCAAAGGGAGGUGUUGGAGCAUAAGAUGGCGUUCAAGGUUCAUCAGAAGCUGCCAAAAGCCCUAUUCCUUGCUCGGGGACAGCGCUGCUGAACAAUGUUAGUGAUAUGGUUGCUGUCCAAAGAGUAAUGAACCGAGUAUGAUGCAUGCUUUGCUUUCGCCAGUUUGGGUACUGUACGUUCUUUUCGACACCAGACCAAUAGGUAGUCUAAGUUGCGUCGUAGUAGAUGCGCCAUGACGCUGUAAGUCAGUCAACCAAUCAUAUUUCGC